AUGCCACCCGGUGAAGCUGCAGCGCAUGGCGCGUGUGAGCACUGUCGUCAGAAGAAGCGCAAGGUCUGCUAUGAAAAGGCCGUCGACUGCGUCUAUGCGCCUCCUCCGCGCGUGUCCAAGGCGGACCUGCGCGAGGAGCUGGCGCGGCUACAGAAGGCGACGUCGGAUGACAACGCCCUCCUCGACACCAUUUCCUCCAAAGAAACAAGUCUGGCCCAGCUGGACACCAUAUUGCGCCGACUCUCGGACGGCCAGCCGCGUGCCCAAGUCGCGUCCUUGAUAUCGCACAUGCCGCCGGCCGCCGCGAGUUGUGUCCAACCAGACACUACCACCACCAACACCACACCUCCGUCGUCCGUGACGACGGCCGGAUCGCCGUCGGUGCUCAUGGACCCGAUGAGCUCGGCCGGCCCCGCGAGCACCAGUCCCUCCUCCAGCCUCGCCACCACGUCCGACGAAUCCGCCGCCUCCAAGACCGCCGAGUUCCGCGCCCACCUCGGCUACUACCGCGCCCAGCUCCCGCGACUGCUCAGCACCAUCCUCGCGCGCGACUGUCUCUCCUUUUGCCCCAUCAACGAGCGCGAGCUGAAGCGCGACGUCGCUGCGGCCGGUGCCGGCGCCGGUGCCGCACACGGAGGAGGAGGAGGAUCUACGGCGCUCGCCGACGCGCUCCUGGCGCUGGGCGCGCUCCUGGCCAAGGACCAUCCGCGCCUCGCGACCGCGCUGCUCCUGGCGACGCCGCAGCCGGGCAACCUGCUGGGCGACGCGGACAGUCUCGGCCAGGCGUUUGCGCACGAGGCCCUUUUUGCGCUGCACAACAACGGCACGGGCCGCCCGCGACGCCUGGCGGACAUUCAGGCGCUCGGGGUGCUCGCGCUCUACUGGCUCAGCUGCGACCGGCUGAAGCAGAGCAGGGAGUUUGCGGGCGACUAUUGCGCGGCCAUGGCCGAGGCCUGGUGCGCGGACGGCGCUGGUACCCUGGUGGAUAGCAAGGCACGGGCAAGCAUCUAUUGCGCUGCCGUCUCGCUGAAUCGAGUCCUAUUUCUCCUUGCCGACUUUGAUGAAACGUUGAACGCGUAUGCGAGAAGCGCCGGCAUGGGUAAUGCCCAUGCCGCCGCCGGCGCGUCUGAGACGCCUGUUGUUCCGUGUCAGUUGGACUUGGCCAAGACCAUCAUAGAUGAUGCCUUCUUCCGCAGAGACCUCAGGUCGAUCCCGGACAAUCCUCGCGUGAUUGCCGCCAAGCUCUUUGAGCUGGCCGAAUGGACGUACGAGGCGCGCUCCGGCCCGCAAAAGGCCACGUUUGACCAUGCCGUCCAAGUAUAUAACCAAGGGCUGCGCUGGUACGAGACUUUUUUUCGAUAUACCCGCGGCUGCGGCAAAAGCAACACGUCCAUGAUCCUCUUUGUUCAGUAA